AUGCUCUCCCGGAUUAAACCCGAGAUAAAGGAUGGCGACCUAGGCUGGGCUGAACAGUUCAUCGAGGCCCUCUUCCCAAGCAACGAGGAAGAGAUGGCGCGGGUGUUGGAGCGCUCACAGACGGAGCUGCCUCCCCCUCUCGACCAUGCGCUCACCUUCAACAUGGCUCUUGACCUGCGUGGUGGCACGCGGAGCAUGAAAGCGUAUAUGUUCCCGAUGGCGAAGAACCUCGCCACAGGCCGACAUCGUGAUGCUCGUGACGCCGGCCUCGAUGCCAUCCGCAGCCUGCGGCCGUAUGGGGAGCGCCUGGCGCCUGCCGUGGACUUCCUCGACGCAUACUGGGAUAAGUUUCCAGAGAGAUUGACCUUGGACAUGAUUGGUAUGGACUGUAUCGAUCCUUCCAGGGCUCGUGUCAAGAUCUACGCCCACAUCUCGACACGGAACAGCUGGAAUGUCGUCCGCGACGUUGCCACCUUUGGCGGUCACGCCACUGAUCCCGAUCGCCUAAAAGGUCUUGACGUCUUGCACUCUAUUUGGCACCUACUCAGGAAUGAGCCUGCUGAUAGCGACGAUGAUUAUGACAAGCCAUUGCGACAUCCAACGUCCUUCUUGGGAAGCAUCAUGUUUAGCUUCGAGAUCGUACCGGGGCGUCAGAUACCCGAUGUGAAAGUAUACGUCCCUAUGUGGCAAUAUGCACCGAGUGAUGGCCACGUAGCCCACAACCUGAUUUCCGCGUUCAAAAAGCUGCGAUGGGAGCAGAUAGCCGAAGUACGUAUUCUCACCUGUAACAAUUGUGGUUGCCCUCGACACUUUGGAGCCCUUCUAUUGACACCACGCCAAAGAAUUAUAUGA